CUUAUCUUAAUCAGCUGAUUCUAUCUUGUCAAACUCGUCUAUUCAAGAUCGUUCUGUCGUUAAAGCGGCGUUCCCUACUCGAAUGGCCGCCAGUAUAAAUGUGACUUCCAACCUUGAAACAUGGCGCUCGCUGCCACAAGUCGCAAUAUUGGAGCACACGUUGACUGGAUGCGCAGUUUUACAAUAUAGAAACAAUUUGUAACUGAAGCCAAGAAGUUACGUCAAUUACAUGAAAACUUGAAAUAAAUAAUAUGACAACAAGGCUAGAUAGACUUUUUGUUUUGUUGGAUUCUGCUAGCAGUUCAGUAACCAGAAAAACAGCUGCUAAUCAACUAGGACAAGUUAUAAGGUUUCAUCCUCAUGAACUGAAACCGUUAUUGGAACGUAUUUCUACUUAUCUAUAUAGUUCAUCUUGGGAUACUAGAAUUGCUGCUUCUCAAGCUAUUGAAGCAGUUAUUAAACAAAUUCCUCAAUGGUGUCCCUGUGGUUUACUAUCAGUUAAAUCUGAAUACAAUGAUUUAGAAGUAGAUGAAAAAGAAAAUGAUAAAUUGACGUUUAUUUCUUUUGAUUUAGCUACUCUUAUGACAAGUUCUACAUUAACAAAUUUUCAAGACAUAGAACAAGAUAUUCCUAAUACUUAUGAAAAUAAUUCUUUAAUUCAAGAUCAACAAAAAAUAAUUAACAAAACUCUAGGGCUAGAUAUAAUUGGAUCAAAUAUUAUUACACCAGAUGAUAUAAUAGUAACUCCUUCCACUGAAGUAUCUACAAAUAAUUUAAAAAGACAGUUGAGUGAAGUCAUUAAAUCAGAUUAUGAAAUAGAUAAAAAUUCUAGAAAAAUUAAUCAAGAAUGUAAAAAAGCUCGUCAAAAUGAUCAAGUCAGUAACAAGCUAUACGGAUCAACUUCAUUAGAAGUUAACAAUAGUGGAAACAUAGGUUCCUGUAAAAAAAUAAAAUUAGAUUAUAAUGAAGAGAAUAAUUGGCCAUUUGAAGAAUUUGUAAAACCACUACUUAAAAAUUUAUUUAGUACAAAAUGGGAAGUUCGCCAUGGUGCUGCUACUGCCUUAAGAGAAGUUGUUAAACAUCAUGGCCGUGGAGCUGGAAAAUAUGCUAACCAACCUAGUGAUCAAAUGGAAAUUUCUCAUCAAUCUUGGUUAGAAGAUGUAAGUUUAAGGCUAUUAUGUGUUUUAGCACUAGAUCAUUUUGGAGAUUUUCUAGGUGAUCAAGUUGUAGCACCAGUGAGAGAAACUUGUGCUCAAGCUCUAGGUUUUAUUGUCAAACUUAUGUCUGAAGAUAAUGUUAUGAAUGUUGUUAAUGUUCUUACCCAGCUUAUUGAACAUAAUGACUGGACAACCAGACAUGGUGGACUUCUAGGCCUAAAAUAUUUGCUAGUUGUAAGAAAAGAUCUUAUUGAAAAAAUCUUACAUAAAACGUUCCCAUACAUAUCUAAAGCAUUAAUGGAUACAGUAGAUGAUGUAAGUGCUGUAGCAGCUGCAACUUUGAUACCAAUUGUAGAAAAUGUAAUGAAUUGCAAUGAUGCAUGGGUUUCUGAUAUAAUAGCCAUUUUAUGGAAAAUGUUAGCUGUACAAGAUGAUUUAACUGCAUCUUGUAAUAAUUUUAUGACUCUAUUAGCUGCAUUAUUUAGCCUUCCAUCGGCAAAACUACUAACAAAUGAACCAGUUCUUCAAGUUUUACCACGACUUUGGUCAUUUUUAUCACACAAUGCUACUCAAGUAAGAUUAGCAACUAUUAAGUCUUUAAUUACUUUAACAUCAGCUCCACAAUUAGCUUUUUCUGACAGCCUCGAAAAUAUAAAAUUACUGCAAGAUACUAUGAAACUUAUUUUUUUAAGAGCUAUGACUGAACCAGAUGAAGAUGUACAAACUAAAAUGAAAGAAGUUUGGGUUAAUUUGCUAACUAACAGUUCAUUAACAUCUCUUUUGAAUGCUGCUUGUCCAUUAGUUGGUUUAUGGUUGGCUAUGACUAUGCAGUCAGAAAGAAUACCAUAUGAUACAACAAAUAUUAUUCAGAAUAUAUCAACAUCACCUAAUAAAGUAGAAAAUCAAAUGAAUGAAUCUAAUUUGGAUAUUAAGUAUUAUAUAGGAGGGAGUGAAGCUAUUCCUAUUGAUCAACGAGAAAAAAAUUCUAGUAGAGCAAGACAAUUAGGAGCUGAAAUGUUAGGUUUAUUAUCUAGUUACAUAAUACUUCCUGCACCCAAUGUAUGCUAUGAAAAUGAAACUGAGUCACCCAUCUCAUGCUAUACAAAAUUAAUAAUCAGUCACCUUGAAUCAAAUGUGGCUAUACAACAAAGAAUGGUGUCUAUGGUAAUAUCAGAAUGGUGUAAACAGCAAAAAAUUGAUAGCAAAGCUGUUAAAGUAUUAACAGAAAAAAUCAUGGAAUGCAUGAAUCGAGUAAUUUACUAUGAUGAAAUGUCAUACUCUAUGACAAAACUAAUUCAAGAUGCAAAUGAUUUUUUAGCCUCUUUAAAACAUUAUAAGUUGACUAUUCCUAAUCCAAUUAAUCAAGUUAUAACAUUAGAACAAAUUGAACAACUUUCUGGACCUGAACUUGAAUUAAUAAUAUCUUCAUUGAAACAUAGACCUAAAAUAGUACAACAACUAGAAGACAGAAGACUUGCAUUAUAUCAAACUCAAAAACAAAUCAGUGCAGAUCUUGCUUCUUUAACUGUGUCAACAAAAGCAUCUUUGGCUGGAGCAUUAACAAUGCUUCAAUAUCUUCCAGAGAAAAUAAGACCAGUCGUCAAACCAUUAAUGGAAUCUUUAAAAAAAGAAUCAAAUGAAAUGUUACAAAGAAGAUCUGCAGAAAAUUUGGCUAUUUUAAUGGAUUUAUGUGUAAAUCGAUCAUCAUGUCCUAACACAACUAUAAUUAAUAAUUUAUGCUCAUUCUUAUGUGUUGAUUCUGAAUUUACACCAAAAGUAGGAGGUGAUGACUAUUCAAAAUAUGAAUUGAUUCUCAUGUACCAAAAACUUCAACAGAAUGCUGAAAAAUUACUUAUGAAGAGAAAUGGAAGUAGAGGACCUGGCAGACCUCCAACACAGUAUAAUAUUAAUAUAGAAAUUGUGCAAAAUUAUGAAAAUCAGGAUUCUAAAUUGCUUAAUGUAUUGCAAAGAAAAGGUGCUACGUAUGCAUUACAAAAAAUUUGUUUACAUUUUGGUGAAGAUUUACAAAAAAAAUUACCUCGUUUAAUUGAAAUAGUGUAUAAUAAUGUUAAAAUUGCAAACAUUUCUACAUAUGAUCAAAAUGAUGACUCGUUAAAAAUGAAUGAUGAAGUAGCUCAAGAACUUGUUAAAAAUUUACAAGUAUUCGAAAUAGUUUGCUCAAAAAUUCACCCAUGUUAUACUUUAAAACUUUUAGAGCUUUUAGAUACUUUUAGUAACCUUCUUAUGUGUCAAUAUUCAUCAGUUAGACACAUGGUAGCUCGAUGUUUAGCAGCUUCUGUUGAUUUAGACUCGGUGAUCACAAUGACAACCAUUAUAAAUAAUGUUCUACCACUGCUUGAUGCUGCAGAUUGUGAUGUUAAACGAAAAGGAGCUAUUGAAGUUAUUAUAUGUGUAAUUGAUAAAUUACAAUUAAACAUUGUGCCCUAUAUUGUAUUAUUAAUGAUACCAUUAUUGGGUCGAUUGAGUGAUCAAGUUGAAAGUAUAAGAAAACUAGCAUCUCAAUGUUUUGCAACACUUAUACAGCUAAUGCCAUUAGAUGGUGGAGUCCCUAUUCCACAAAACUUAAAUGAUAAUAUAAGUAAAUUAAUAGAGUCACAAAGACAUUUUUUGGAUCAACUAUUUAAUCCAAAUCAAAUUAAAGACUUCAAUGUACCAGUUAUAAUUAAUGCUAAAUUACGUUCAUAUCAACAAACAGGGAUAAAUUGGCUAGCAUUUUUAAAUAAAUAUAAAUUACAUGGAAUUUUAUGUGAUGAUAUGGGAUUAGGAAAAACAAUACAGUCUUUAUGUAUAUUAGCCAGCGAUCAUUAUACCAAAAACAAAAAAUAUAUGGAUAAUAAUUCUCCAGAUUCAGUUCCUCUACCAUCUAUAGUAGUAUGCCCUCCUACAUUAAUUGGUCAUUGGAUUUAUGAGGUUGAAAAAUUUAUACCUCGUGAUGUAUUAAGACCAUUACAAUACUCCGGAUUGCCAUCAGAAAGACAAAAAUUACAAGCUCUUGCCAAAGAUUACAAUCUAUUUGUUGUGUCUUACGAUAUUGUUCGUAAAGAUAUAGAAUUCUUUUCUAAAAUUAAAUUCAACUAUUGUAUAUUAGAUGAGUGUCAUGUAAUAAAAAAUGGUAAAACAAAAGCAAGUUUGGCUAUAAAACAAUUAAAAGCUAAUCAUCGAUUAGUUUUAUCCGGAACACCAAUACAAAAUAAUGUAUUAGAGUUAUGGUCUUUAUUUGACUUUUUAAUGCCUGGAUUUUUGGGUACUGAAAAACAGUUUGCUGCUAAGUACAGUAAACCUAUAUUGGCUAGUAGAGAUGCCAAGUGUUCUUCUAAAGAACAAGAAGCUGGAGUUCUAGCAAUGGAAGCAUUACAUCGCCAAGUUUUACCAUUUGUUCUGCGUAGAAUGAAAGAAGAUGUGCUGAAUGACUUGCCUCCAAAAAUUACACAGGAUUAUUAUUGUGAUUUAAGUUCUAUUCAACAACAACUUUAUGAAGACUUUUCUAAAACACAUAUUCAUAAGCAUUUAUCUGAAACGUCAGAAAAUCUAUCAUAUCCCACAAAUAAAAAUAAUAUGUUACAAGCCUUACGUUACUUGCAAAAUGUGUGUAAUCAUCCAAAAUUAGUUUUAACUCCUCAACAUCCUCAAUAUUCACUUAUAAUGAAGCAAAUUAAAGACACUAAUUCUAAAUUAACAGAUAUUCAACAUGCUGCAAAACUACCAGCUUUAAAACAACUUUUGUUGGACUGUGGUAUUGGUUUAGCGGAUAAUGAUAGUCCUAUUAUUAAUCAGCAUAGAGCGUUAAUAUUUUGUCAACUAAAAGCUAUGCUAGAUAUUAUAGAAGAGGAUCUUUUUAAAGCCCAUAUGCCAAAUGUGUGCUAUCUACGUUUAGAUGGAAGUGUACCUGUUUCUCAAAGAUACUCACUUGUUAAUCGAUUCAAUACUGAUCCAUCUAUUGAUAUACUUAUAAUGACAACUCAAGUUGGAGGAUUGGGUCUUAAUUUAACAGGAGCAGACACUGUUAUUUUUGUUGAACAUGACUGGAGCCCCAUGAAAGAUCUACAAGCAAUGGAUAGAGCACACAGGAUUGGUCAGAAAAAAGUAGUUAAUGUAUACCGUUUAAUAACAAGGUCAACACUAGAAGAAAAAAUUAUGAACUUUCAGAAGUUUAAAUUAAAAACUGCUAAUACAGUUAUAACUUCGGAAAACUCGAGUCUACAAACUAUGGGAACUGAUAAGCUGUUAGACUUAUUUUCAUUGGAUAAAUCGCCAAUGGACAAAAAUAAACUUAGUUCAUCAAGUACAUCUAUUAAAUCAGUUCUUGAAAAUUUACCAGAACUCUGGGAUACUAAAAUCUACGAUGAAGAAUAUGAUAUAAACAGUUUUGUUCAAACAUUGAAUAAUAUAGAUUAAUUUAAACAAUUUUUUUGUAUGAUACAUGUAUUUAUAUUUUUAAAAAAAAUCAAAAUACUUUUUUUUAAUUUUA